AUGACCAAAGUGCAACCUGUACUUGGAGAAGAACAACUCACUCACAAAGAGAGUGAUACUCUCUCGAAACAUGAAAUUUUCUCCAUCGAAGGAGCUUCCUAUGAAGAACUUUCAGACCAACCAAAGAAGCAACGUCCAUUUGUAUUGAGAGCGUUAUUGAGCGUGAGAUUGUUCUUGAUUUUUUCAAUUACUUUGUUGGUGAUUAUGACUGCCAUCUCCAUCUGGGUGGCUGCUUUUGUCGUGAAUGAGCAAACCUCAAUGGAACAAGUGAAUGUCAUCAUUUCCAAUAUGAACGAAAAGAUAGCUUCCUUUAUGAACAGUCAACUCUUGCCAGCAAAGUUGGUGUCUAAGCAAAUGGUUGCCGAUUACCAUAACUUUAAGAUUGACCUAGAUCCAAGCAUUGGUCCCUAUCUCUUCACUAAGGUCAAAUUAUUUGGUGUCACCAACACAAAUUUAUGUUUGGGAGAGAAGGGAAAUAACAUUCUUUAUGCUUAUAGCAUGAACUCUGACAAUUCACUGUCUUGGGGUGUCAAAUUACAAGAAGAUAUCAAUCUUGUCAUUUACAGAGCUAGUAAUGAAACUGGAAUUCCGGACUACAACAAAGUCAGCUUGAAUGUGACCUAUUAUGUAAACAAAACCGAUUACUAUCAAGAGUCGUUACGUAUUUUCCGCGAUUUUUCAGAAGAAGGAGGAUUUGGAAAUGUUUAUAAAGUCAUUGGAGGUGGUCCACAAAGUACCUUUUGGUCCACCCCGGUGUACAAUCGAACUGAAUUGGCUCAGGGUAACAAAACACGUGUUGGAAUUGCAAAAGUCAAUGUUUCUCUUGUGUAUAUUGCUCAAUUUUUGAAAACGGUUAAGGUUCUUGAAAGAGGUUAUGUCAUUAUUUCAGAGUUUGGAAAUAACUUUGUUAUUGGAAGCAGCUUGAACAUUCCAGGAAUUGAUGACAAGAGAAUUAAGGCCACUGAUGUCACAACUCGAGAUGCUGGAAGUGUCAUGUCCAUAUUCUUGAGCAAUGUUGGUGACUCUUUCGAUCCAAUCGUACUCAACAUCGAGAGCAAUGGAACCAAGUAUUUGAUCUCAUCUACUCCUUAUAUUUUGGCCAACCUUAAAUGGAGAAUGACUCUCGUUUUUGAGGAAAAUGAAAUUAAGAAGGGAAUUAUAACAUCGAGUUAUGUCAUUCUUGGCGUUACUCUUGGAGUUGCUUCUCUCGGCGUCCUCAUUAGCAUCACCAUUGGUUGGAUUGUGACAAACCCAUUCAUCAACCUCCAGGAAGAUUUCAGAAAGAUUGAAGUGUUGGAUUUGUCCAACAUCAAAGAACGGAACGCUCUUUUUAGUGAAGCAAAAAGCAUCUAUUCAAGUCUCAAUGAGACUGUCAAGUGGCUAAGCGAAUUUAAAGCUUUUUUACCAGAUUCCGUUCUCAAUCAACUGGAGAAUGCUAAAAUACAGGCGCAGGGCAUUCAGGUCGAUCAAGAGGUUGUUUCAGAAACAAGGAAAGAAAAACGUUCAACACACGAAAAAGGAGAAGAGCAGCAAUCAAGCAUGGCUUCAAGCUCUCACAAAAUAGAAUCCAGUUUAGGAACUGCAUACAACAUGAAACCUUCGAAGGAUUUGUUUAAAUUGGGCCUUGCACCAAAGGAUUUGGUUUCGCUUGUUCAUAUUGUGAUUCCAAAUUUGAAUGAGAAAAACUAUUCGUUUGAAUCGCUGAAUAGUAUCAUUUCCAAAUGUUUGGUCUCAGUUUCUACCAUUUGUAAAACAUGCAGAGCGGACUUGCAAAUAAGAAGCUAUGACGAAUAUGUCAUUGUUUUUCAUGACAAGACGCCCUGUGUGACAGCCCUAGAGACAUGUUUGAAAUUGAAAGUUGUGCUUGAUUCAUUGAAUGAUUACCUCUCAAAGGAAGCAAGUGCACCUCUAGAGGUAUGCAUGGGUAUCGCAAGUGGAGCCUGUGUUUUAGGCAAUGUUGGAAAUAAGCAGGUGAGGUAUUUUGCACAAGUAGGAGAGAUUGUUUCUCGUGCCAAAAACUUGACAGUGAUGGGAGUAAUGGCCAGUGUUUCCCUCAUUGUUGACAAGAAUACCUUCAAACAAACCCAAGACGCAUUUGUUUUUAGGCCUGUGGAUCGAAUCAUGAAUCCCACCAAAAACAAUAUUGAGUCCGUGUAUCAAUGCAUAAGAAAGAGUGAAGUGACCAGCGAUGAAUGGAUGUAUGAAUUAGAGCACAAGACUCAAAACACAAAAUACGAAGCCUUUAACAAUCAUUUUGCAAAACUAUUUAGCGAUGAGAACCAAGAAUUGCCACCACAAGAGGCCAACGAAGUGAAAGAGUUCUUGCUGAACAUGUGUCAACUCUCACCUUCGGAUCCAGUGUUGCAGAAAUUAUCCAAACUUAUUGGACUCUCCUCACAUCAGCAAUUAUCUACUUAUUAUUCAAGCGUGUCUACGUCUGUGUUGAAUUAUGUGCAAGGAAGAGCUGUUAAAUUGGAUUGA